AUGAGCGGCCAACAACAGCAGAAUGCAACACAUGGACAAAGCAGUAACUACACAACGGGGACUUUUGCUCCACCGAAGGAACAAAUGGAGUACAACUGCGCCGACUGUGGGGCAACAAACGAAAUCAAAUCGCGCGAACCCAUCCGUUGUCGCGAGUGUGGUCAUCGUAUCAUGUACAAGAAAAGGACUAAGCGAAUGGUGCAAUUUGAAGCUCGUUGA